AGUUCUGAAAACGAAAAAAAGCAAGAAAAAUUUUCAUCGCGUUGUUGGACGGGAGUUUCUUGCCAUUGGAAAUUUCAAUUUUUCGUAAGAAAUCGUGCCUAAUCUUGCUUUAAUAUACUGUUAGUUUGUGCUUUGUGCGGCCAAUCGCAUUUUGUGCAUAUUUUCGUUCGGAAAUUGGCUGAAAACAGAGCAAAAAGUUCGAUUUCAUUUGGCACUAUCGGGGGCGGAGAAAGAAGAAGAAAAAUUAGAUAAAUCUAUAAACAAAGCGAUAGCCAUGGACGUCGCAAGGCAACUGCUGGACGAGCUGAUGGGCCGGAAUCGGAAUUUGGAUCCUUCCGUCAAAACCAAAGAACUCAACUGGGAAGAUGAAGAGUUCUGCACAUACUUCAUGGUCAAAUUUUGUCCGCACGAUUUAUUCGUCAAUACGCGAGCAGAUCUGGGACAGUGCGGCAAACUGCACGACGAAGAGGCGAAGAAGUUGUUCGACGCGGCCAAACCGUGCCGCAAGAAGAUCCAGUACGAGGAGGAUUUCCUGCGCUUCUGCACCAACAUGAUCAACGAGGUCGACCGGAAGAUUGUGAAAGGUAAGCAAAGACUACUUUUGAUGAACAGCAAACUGGAGGGCCGUCCGGUUUCCAAGCAGCAGGAGCAGAUCAACACCAUGAACGAGAAGAUUGAGAAGCUGCUGCGGGAGGCCGAGGAAGCGGGGAUCCGAGGUGAUGUGGAUCAGGCACAGAGCUUGAUGCAAAUGAGCGACCAGCUCAAGGAGGAAAAAGAUGAGCUGAUCAAACAGCAUGAGUCGAACGGAUGGGCGGUCACUGCGGAAUACGCAGCGGCACAGGAGAAGCAAAUGGAAGUUUGUCAGGUUUGCGGUGCUUUUCUCAUAGUGGGCGAUGCCCAGCAGCGUAUCGACGAUCAUCUUACGGGAAAGCAACAUUUAGGUUAUUCAAAAUUGAGGACAGCUGUUGAGGAGAUGAUGGAAGCUAGAAAGAAGCCGGCUCCGCGAGUUGAAGAGCGUCGACGAGACGGCGAUGAUCGCAGACGCGAUCGCCGUCGGGAUGAUCGCCGAUCAAGAGAUCGCGAUGAUCGCUUCAAGCGGGACGACAGGCGCCGAGAUCGACGGGAUUAUAGAGAACGGGACUACGAGCGUCACGAGAGACGUGAUCGUGAUCGCGAUUACGAACGACAGUAUAAGAGAACUGAUCGUCACCGCAGCAGGAGUCGCAGCCACUAAAUCAGCUGACCGCAUAACAAUCCUUGUGUCGUAACGAUGGUGUUUAUGUUUACUAGAAGUACUUUUAACAGUUCUGCGUUCAACCCGACAUACAAUCGGAUUAAGAGGUAUCCCAAGCUACAGAAAUAAAAUUAUAGCCAAUUAAUAAUCUAUCAGCUUUCCACCAGGAACGUCCCAGUUUCAUCCAUUGUGGUCCCAACAAAACCGUUUACUUAAUCACGUAGAGUUGAGCAAUAUCAUUAGUUUAGUUGUACUCCAAAAAACAUUAUAAUCAACAGUAACUACGUAUCGUAUGCUUACGUAGUCAAUUUGAAUGAAAAAAUAUAUCAUAAUUGUGACAAUAGUGCAAACUCAGACGACACGCCAUCAAGUAUCAACGAAUUUCAACGCCGCAGCUGCUGCAACCUGUUCCCAAGGACAUAGCUCUGACAUCAACUAUGAACAGAACCGCAGGUAUCGUGCGUUUUUAUCAUCCUCCUUAUUUUAAUUUAAGAUUAUCGCAAAAAAAAAAGUAAACCAGAAGUGAAUAACAUUUUAAGAUCGUGUAUGGAAAUGUGAGGCUCUAUUGGUAUCCAAUAAGCACAAUACUGCUGUCUGUAAAAAAAACAAAUGCAAUCGUAGUUUUUAAUGUUAAGAUCACUCCUAAUCUCUAUCGCAACUAAGCUGAAACAGCCCAACUUUUCUUUCCAGUGUUCUUUUAAACGAUUUUCUCACUCAUAAGUGUAUGUGUAAAUUUCCCUAAUUCAGUCGACGCGCCCUUUUCAAUUGUUGUCUGUUUCAAUCUUAAACUCCCCUACGAUAUGCUUAACUUUGCAGCAGUGUGUAGCACGUUUAGUUUUAGGUUUCACCAAGUUGGAUUUGAUAGGAAUCAAUUAUAAAAUCACAAAUAUAAAAUGGCAUAAAUGGUUAACUGCAGCUACGAAACAUACGAAACGAGUGCAAACCUUCUUGAGAGAUCAGAAUUCUACAAAAUACAUGCCUAUACAGACACAAUCUCACUAACAAUUUAUCAAACACCACAGCACGUGAACUGCAAUACUUCUUGGGCUGCUACUCGAAUAUGUUGCGCAGUGCAUAUGGACAUAAGUUCUUCUGUUUCAAUAAAGUACAAUUUGCGAUUGGAAUUAAAAGUAA